UGGAUAUCAGCGUCAGGUACAAUAUUGGCACGGGCAGAUAUGGCGCACAAAACCACUAGGUUUUCAGGAAAACGCGUGUUUUUUCUUGUGAUGUUACUGCUGCCUCUGUGCUGGAGUCUUUGGACUAAAGCGCUGGAUAUAGUCGAUGUGAAUUCACCUGAACUCACCUGCAGCGAGGGACUGCUGAACUGUAAAGUGACUUCAGAGUCUCUCUAUGAAGCAGGGCUGCCUGAUCCAGAGGGGCCAGUGAAUAUCACACAGGUGGAUCUGAGACCUGUUCUUUGCUGCACACAGGGACAACUCUGUGUGUCCUGUCUGCAGCUCAUCAUCAGUCUCACAGCGGUAGUGGAUGAUUUAGAGCAAUCUGGAGAUACCACAGAGGUGUUUCUCAGCACACAACAGACUGAUGCGAGUGGACAUUUUAUGUUUCAAGAAGCCCUGCUUAAAAUUUGCUUCAGUUCUCCAGGCUCUAGUGGCUUUUGCAAGACAUUACAGUUUACUUUCUCCAGAUCAAAUGUAGCUGCUUCCACACAUAAGUUACUGUUAAGAGAAAAGGUGACUUUUGGUGCUCCAGUUCUGGUUCGUGUCCUUGCACAGAUGACACAGUACAAGCAUGAUAUCACUAUUCCAUCUUUAGAAAAAGUUUGUUCUUUGAGCCCAGAGGGUAGCCAAAUUAAAGACUGUGAUGUCCCAAGUCUUCAAUUUGUAACCGAUCAGAAAACAGAGGUCAUCCGACUCAAAGUGGAAGAAGCAAAGGAGAAGACACUCAUGUGUCAGAUGAUGUGGGACGAGACACCAGGAGCGAUUCUUCCAGUGGGUGAAGGCAGAAAAGAAAUUGUGAUCUCAUUGAACUCUGCAGCCCCAUGCUUGUGUUUUCAAGUUUGGUGGCAAGACAGUAAGCUACGCCGAAAAUAUUGCCCAUUCAAGAAUCAACAAGUUGCCAUAGAGAGGAUGAUGCACAACGUGUCAGUGGCUUUGAUGGAGUCUGCAAGAGGAGGGAGCUCUGUGCUGCUCUGGAAUGUCAGCGCCCCCUGUAGGCUGAAGGCGGAUGUGUGGCUGUGCAAGAGAGAUGUGGUCAGUAGGGACAAGUGUCAAGAAGUGACAGGGUCUAGACAGAAACUGGAUGGACAUGGCGAUUGGUUUACAACUCAUGGAAACCAUUGGAAAACAGGAGUAUUCAAUUGGUCAUCACACCCUCUGCUCUGUCUUCAAAUAAAACUUGAUGGGAUACAUUCUCCAUUGGAUCCCUAUUGCCCAUUUGCAGUAUCUCGUUGGCAGCGGAUUGUCUUGCUUUUUGUUGCCUUGUUAUUGGCCUCUGUGUCAAUUCUUGGAGCAUGCUGUAUACAUGCACUGAUCAAAGGAUUUGCAUGGAGAUGGUUGAAAGAUGAUGACGUCAAAGGGGCUGUAGGCGGUGGUCAUGUGGUUCUGCUAUAUCCGCCUGAUGAUGAGCAAGCCUUACCUGGUCUAAUGUGCCACUUAGGGUCAUCCCUCCAAGCUCUGGGCUGCAAUGUGUCUCUGGACUUGUGGAGCCAUGCUGAAUUAAGUGUCUUGGGUCCGGUGCCUUGGCUCCAUUCACGACUGGAUCAACUGCAAAGACACGGUGGAAAGGUUGUUCUAGUGCUUACCCAAGCUGCAAGGAGGAGGGCUGAAGAGUGGGGAGCUAAAACCUGGGCGAGGUUUACAACAAAUCAGAAAGAUAUAGACGGCAGUACCAACUCAAAUUGUGUUGAUGUAUUUAGCGCAUCUUUGAGUUGUAUCCUUGCAGACUACUUACAAGGUCGAGCAGGCGAGCGCUUCAUGUUGGUGCAGUUUGAAUCCCUGCCCCCUGAAGGAGUUUGCCAGCCACUUCCAGAACUGUUCCGUGGUCUACAUGUCUACAGCCUUCCAUCUCAAAGCUUAGGGUUUCUCACAGAACUGGCAGGGGCAAGACAAAUGGCCACGUCCUCAUCCAGACGAAAGAGGGCGCAUGGACUCAGAAUGGCGUCGCGGGCGUUAGCAAGAGGGUUGUCAGGGUUUACAGCUGGGACGGCAGUGUUGAGACUGGCUGUGAUGCCCCAGAGUUGUGUAGGGGGAGGAGGAGGAGAAGAAGAAGAUGUUGCAGAGACAAUACCACUGCAGCCUUACCUCAUCACGCCCCCCUCCAGUCCAGACACUAACCCCAAAGUCUGUCAAGUGGAUUGGGUUUGAAAUAGUGUGCGGUUUAUUAGCGUUAGGUAUUGCAAAUGUUAUCAGCAAUAUUUUCUUUGCAAUUAAAACAUUA